CUUUCAUCGAAAACUGUUUACGCCACACGAUAAACAAAAUCAAAUUGAAGUCAUAAUUUCUUUUUUUUUUUUUGUAUAAAAUUGGAUUCAUUUUUGCUGAAGAAAUUGAAGAGCAAAAAAAUGGCUAGUUGUAGUUGUACAUGCUCUAAUUAUAGACCUAUAAUUUCUGCAAAAAAAUCAGAUGUUGUUAAUCGUUUUUUAUCACAAUUGAUGACCUAUGGAGAUCGUAGAGUUAAGAAAAUACCCAGAAUUUGUGUUGUAAGAGCAUCAGCAGUUGAUAGUUCAUCUCACUUUGUUGAACGCAUCGAGAAGGCAUGGUUGAUAUCUAAGCAACCUAGACCAAUUAUAUGCUCUACUUGUGACUCAAACGGUCUUGUUGAUUGCAACUGGUGCGGUGGUACUGGUUUCUUCAUACUAGGCGACAAUAUGCUCUGUCAAGUGCCCUCUCGCAACACCAGCUGUGUCAUCUGCACUGGAAAGGGUUCUGUAUGCUGCACCGACUGUAAAGGAACAGGUCACCGUGCAAAGUGGUUGGGAGAGCCUCCUAUCCCCAAGCCUCCUGUUACUGAAGAGUAACAUCUCCACUGAUCUCUUGAAAUUUUAAUCAAGUUCUUGAUCCUUGGACAAGAUCAAUGUUCAGAAUGCAUCUUGAUACCUGUAUUCAUUGUUGAAAAUAAUAUUUCUUCCUCAGUUGUACAAUUGUUACAUUAGUUUCAUGUACCAUUUCUGUAAAGUACAUUUCUUUUCCCCUUUUGGUUCUUUUUGAGCCCUUAUAGUCUAUAGAUGCUUUGUGAAAACGAUAAAGAAGAUAUUAUAACAUUAUUUUUCGCGAAGCUCAGCAGCAUAUUCAUCUUG